UGUAUUGCCAACAUUGCCAAUGGCGCCUGUGUUGUUGAGGUGCGCUCUGGCACGAAAUUAUGCAUCUGUAACAUCCAGAGGGGUAUCUCUCAUGCAGACUUCCCCACCGUACCAGCUGUUCGACCGUCAUGCAAAAUUGCUUCAGAGGGAUCGAGCUGCGCUUAAGGAUGAUGGUGCCGCGAGCCGUCAAGUGGAUUAUGUUCGAGAAGAGGCUGCAAAUCAGAUGCUUGAGCGUUUUCUAGAUAUAAAACGCACAUUCAACACUGUUCUUGACAUUGGGGCUGGCCCCGGUCAUUUUUCGAGACUGCUACCUCCAGGAUCCGUUAAUCAAGUAAAGAUGGUCGACAUUAGCUAUUCCGUGUUGCAUAGGGACCCAAUGACUGAUUUUGAAGUGCACGUGUCUCGUCAACAACUUGAUGAAGAAAGUUUGCUGUCUGUAGUCCCAGCAAAUAGCCAAGACGCGGUCGUUUCUUGCUUAAAUCUUCAUUGGGUGAAUGACUUGCCAGGAGUUCUCGUUCAAAUCAAAAAAGCCUUGAAACCUGAUGGUGUUUUUCUUGCUGCCAUGUUUGGAGGCGACACACUGUUUGAACUGAGAACAUCAUUGCAGCUUGCCGAAGUGGAGCGUGAAGGGGGAAUCUCGCCUCGCGUUUCUCCCAUGACAUCAACUGGAGACAUGUCCGGUCUACUGGGACGUGCCGGGUUCACACUCCUGACGGUAGAUAUCGAAGAGAUCAGAGUUGAGUACCCGACGAUGUGGGAGCUUGUUCAUGACCUCCAGGAUAUGGGUGAGAGCAACGCAGUGCUAGAUAGACGGCACUUCAUCCACCGGGACACUCUUCUGGCGGCCACGUCCAUUUACCAAAACCUCUACGCCACCAAGAAAGGCACUAUCCCCGCUACAUUCCAAAUUAUACAUAUGAUAGGAUGGACACCAACACCCAAUCAACGGAAACCUCUUACCAGAGGAAGUGCUGACACAAACUUAAAGGACAUUCUCUGAUGGUAAUCGUAAUGGCUCCAUUUCUUUGUAUCGAAUGUAACAUAGGUCUUAAACUGAGCGCGUUGUAUCGUCC